AUGUCGGCGCCGAAGCAAAGAAAGGUUGCCAUCGUCGGCAGCCGAUCGGUCGGUAUGUGCAGAAAGUCGUCCCUUGCGGUUCAAUUCGUCGAUGGCCAUUUCGUCGACAGCUACUACCCCACGAUUGAGAACACUUUUAGCAAGACGAUUAGAUAUAAGGGUCAGGAUUAUGCCACUGAAAUCGUCGACACCGCAGGCCAAGACGAGUACAGCAUCCUGAACUCCAAACAUUUCAUCGGAAUCCAUGGGUAUAUGCUCGUGUACUCGGUCUCAUCCUUACCCUCGUUUGAGAUGAUCCAAGUCAUCCGGGAAAAAAUCCUUAACCAUCUGGUAAUUGGCAACAAGAGCGACUUGCGACCCGAACAACGCCAAGUGAGCCCAGAGGAGGGAAAGAAGCUAUCAGAGAAGCUGCAAUGCGGUUGGACAGAGGCGAGCGCCCGGUAUAAUGAGAACGUUGGCCGGGCAUUCGAGCUUUUAAUUGCCCAGAUUGAGAAGUCUCAAAACCCCGGGGAGGCACCAGAGAAGAGCAACUGCUCUGUAAUGUAA